AUGUUGGAGUGCAAGGCUGCUACUACUCCCAUGUCUUCCACUGAGACUAUUUCUGCUACUAAUGGGAUCCUUCUGUCUACUGAUGGUGCUACUGACUACAGAAGCCUUGUUGGUGCCCUUCAGUAUCUUACCAUCACCCGCCCUGAUAUUUCUUAUGCAGUUAACCGUGUCUGCCAGUAUCUCCAUGCUCCUCGCGAGCCUCACCUGACAGCUGUCAAGCGUAUUCUGCGUUACGUACGCUCUACUGCUACCUAUGGCCUUCAUCUGCGGCCGGCUCCCUCUGGUGUGCUCUCGGCAUUCAGUGAUGCGGAUUGGGCUGGUAACCCUGAUGACUGGCGAUCCACGGGGGGAUAUGCUGUGUUCUUUGGUCCAAAUCUGAUCGCCUGGAGUGCUCGCAAACAGGCCACUGUCUCUCGGAGUAGCACUGAAGCUGAGUACAAGGCCGUUGCUGAUGCUACUGCUGAGCUUAUUUGGGUUGUAGACGCAAUCUUAACUUACUGA